AUGACCGGCGUCCGCCCCGUUGAUGCGAAAAACCUUUCUACACAAGGUAAUUUCUAGUCAAUUUGUAAACAAGUGAAAAAAGUGAUGUAUAUUUACGCUCCAUCAACGUAGACUUAUCGAGAAAAGGAAUGAAUUAUACUGAGGAUUUACCUGAAAAUGAAUCAGGGUUGUAUGAUAACAUAGACAAAGUCGGAAAGGGUGGAAAAAUGUUCCUUUUUGCUACCUUUUGCGCCAUUUCAGCGACCCUUAUGCACCAUUUUUGUUGCCUCUACCUACUUCCCCCAUUUCUUGAGCCUUUAAAAUCCCGGAAAAAUGGAAGAAACCUUUUCUGCUGCCUUUUUGAGGCCUUUUUUGAGCCUCUCCCUUUUAGCGGCCAUUAUCCACCAUUCCGAUUUUGCCCGAGGUUUACAGAAAAUUCAUUGAGAUCUGUGAUCCAAAUCUAAUUCAUUAUACUAUUUUACUGUUGUUUCAGGUACUGAUAAUACUUUCCGGCCGUGCCUGUCAUUCCACAAAAAAAAAUAAUAAAGAAUCUUUAACGUCAAUAAUCAAUAACUGGGAAAACUUUUAGUGACCACUAUAGGGUUUUUACGUUUUAGUGGCUACUGUAGUAGUCAAAUCAAUGGCCAUAUAGAGGUCUAAGUGCUCCUAAAAGACCACUAAAAGUUUUAAUGGCCACUUUAGGGGUCAAUGGGUCAACAUAACUGGCCCAAUCUGUUCGUUUUAAAAUUGUCAGAGUUACUAGAAGUAAUACUGGAUGAAAAACUACUGAAGUGGCCACUAAAUAAAGAACCUUCAUGGUGGCCACUAAAACGGAAAAUAGUGGCCACUGUAAAGGUGGGAUUAGUGGCCACUUUAGUGUCCUCUCCAAGUAGUCCUUGGCGAGCCUCUAUAGUGGCCACUAAAAUUUUUCCCAGAAUAGACUUGAAAAGUUCAACUCACCGGAUCGACACGACGAAGUUUUUCAGAAACAGAGCAGAAUACUCGUUUGGUUCGAGCGAUUACGAGUUUCUUCGGCAUUUGGUCGCGAUUUGUCGCCGAUCACGCCGUAGUACUCAUCAUCGUGUGCAACGUCAUCACCCUCAUCGGCACCUUCAAGGUCGCGACAACUCCGUGAGUUCUGCCUAUGACUUGCAUUUCCCGUAUAGGCGAAUCAAGAAAGGGUAUCUUUAGAAACUCCAGAGUGGCCCCUAGAGAGACAUCCUUAGAGACCCUUGGAGGGUUUUGAGUGGUAUCUUCGUGGGCAUAUUAGGGUACCCUCCCGAUUCGCCUGUGGGUCUCCCAUAAAAACGACGUGUUUACAGAAAUGAGAACGACAUCACGGGUUAUACACCAUAUGGAGCCAGAGCUCGAGAUGAGUUCGAUGUGAGAUUUACUCCCAUUUUUCAAUCAGAAACCGAAAAAGCCCAGGUCAUGACCGACUUCUUUUCUCGAAACGGCAACGGCGUUGCCGAGUUCCUCCUUGUUCUACCGAAACAAGGAGAAAACGUUCUGGAGCCUGAAAUUUUGAAGGAGAUCUUACGGGUUUUUCAAACCAGUCUAAUUUUGAUCUAAUGAUUUUAAAGGUAGAGAAAAUUUUAACCACGCAGUUUACUAUGGAAAACUCAUCGGGAGCCAACGAAACGUACAGGGAGUUCUGCAACAGUUUUUGUCAGAUUAACGACCCUUUCGUGCAAUUUGCUGUGAGAGGCCAGUUCUUUUGAGUUGUAUAAUUGGCCUGUUCAGAAAACUUUUAUUGCAAGUCAGAAAAUGCAGGCGAGUGGCCAGAAGAAACUAGAUCGAGUUCAAUUGGACUACCCUAUCUCAACAUUGUUUUCCAGAAAAAUGAACAUCCAGGUUGAAGAAAAAUAAUUACUUUUUUUUCAUAUUUUGUGUUUCAGUCAAACUUCUUCGGUGUGGAGCUUCAUGAGGAUGAAGCCAAUACAACUCGCCGGAUAUCAAAUAUGAAAAGCUCAAAAUUGGUUGCUUUGCAAUUGAGAGCCGAGCGGAAGGCCGGCUGGACUACCAACCAGGUCAAGCAGUUCGAGACUCAAGUCACGGAGUACUUCAAGAAGUGAGAAUUCAUCGAGUGCUAUCUAUAGUUUUGAUUUAGCAACUUCACGUCGUCUAAAGUCAGAGUGCUAACCUUAUCGACGACAUUCGUCGAAUCAGAAGUGGGUCAGGCUUAGGAAUCCCAGAGUGGUCUCUAUAGGGGGCAGGGAGAAAAUAGCCUCUGUAGAGGCCGAAAAGUGGUCCCUAUAGGGGUAAAAACAAACUGAUCCUUAUUCGGGGGCUAACACCUUAGCCCCUAAAGCUUGAGUGGUCCUUAUAUGGGGUAUUUUGAUUUCGUUUAAAAAACGCCUAGAGCCCGAAAAAGUGAUCCCUAUAGGGGCAAAAUCAAGAUGUUCCAUAUAGAGGUUUGGAGGCUGACUCCUUAGCCCCCAAAGCUUAAUUAGUCUCUUUAGGGAGUUAGUGUCGGACCAAUUAGCUCCUAAAGCUUGAAUGGUCCCUAUAGGGGUCUUUCAAUUCCUUCAAAAACGCUUAAAGGUCAAAAACAUAGUCCCUAAAUGGGUAAAAUCAAGGUGGUCCCUUUAGAAGUUAACGGUCGGACCCCUUAGCCCCUAAAGCUCAAGUGGACCCUAUAGGGAUCUUCCAAUUUCAUUUAAAAACGCUAAUUUGUUUGGUUAUUCAAAUCAGAGGUGGAGGAUGGCUGCCCACUGGCCGCCCUGCCUGCCAAGCCAUAAACGCCCAAAAGCAGAAAUGACUUUUUCAAUAGUAAGUCAAUGAAUCAUUUCUAUCGCUUGGCCCAAUGGCUUGGCUUGGCCGCCAAGCCAAGGGCUGCCUUCCCAAUCCUCCACCUCUGAUUCAAAUGACAACGCUUCUGUGAAAAAUUCAUGAAAGUCAUUCGACUACAAUGUCCCCUAUAGGGGCCACUUUUGCAAGCUUUAGUGGUCUCUAGAUGGGAGCCUUUCAAGAGCCCUAAGGUUGCCCCUAUAUUGACCACUCUGGAGCUCCUAAGUACACGGAUAGUAGGUUGUUCGAGCCGGAAUGUCGCUUCUGCCAUUUCUCGUCGUUGGAUUCGUCAUAAUGGCCAUCGUUUCCACCAUAACCACGAUGCUAUCGGCUCUCUACAUGCAACAAGUCUCUAUUCACAAGGUUCGAGUUUUUGGCCUGUGAACAAGGUUCCUAACUUGACAACGAGGAGCUUUUCACUAGACCCAACAUUGAUCUUCACCAUAGACGUCUGAUUUCAGUUUUCAUUGGCGAUUUGCGCAUGCAUCUGCCCGUUUAUGGCCUGUGGGACGGCUCUGGGAGCCAUGUUUUUCUGUGGCUUCAGAUUCGGUUCGAUCCUCUGUGUGACGCCAUUUUUAGUACUAGCAAUCGGUUCCUCAACUGUCCAUCGCUUCACGAGAAUAUCACUUUCAAGGAGUUGAUGAUGCCUACUUGAUGAUCCACGCCUGGCAAAGAGUCACGGCGAAAAGACGCCAUUUUCCAGUUCCCGGGGAUUCUCCGGCUUCUCGACUUGCGGAGGUAGAAUCUCAAACGAUUUUCAGCAUUUCUAACUGCUCAGGUACUUGCUGAUACUGGACCGGCCAUUCUCAUUUCGGCGUUGACCAACAUUUUGGCCGACACGGCCGGGACCUUCACUUCCUCACCGGAAGUCUCUCUCUUGGCCUAUGGUAACAUGGCGUGCAUCGCUGUGGAUUUCGUCUAUCAGGUACUCAAAGAAUCAAAGGUUCAAACGCUCUCUAGAUAACUUUCUACGCCGCGAUCAUGACGUUGGCGGGUCAUUUCGAGAUGAAAUCGGAAAAGGAAAGAGAUCAGACGAGUCCAGCGAAGGCUGAAGAACCUCAAGGGGUAACCAAGGGAUUCUCAAUUUCAAGUCAAAUUAUUUUAUAGAAAAGUUUCAACGUUGUCGUGAAACGAACCUUUGAAGAAUUCCUCAACGGCUACAUUUCUUUCGUUACAAACACAGUCUUCGGAACCUUGGUCGUCCUGGCGUGGGCAGCUUUUCUGGCCACGUCGAUAUAUGUACAACAAAAAACCGAGAUGUUAUCCGUUGUUCGAAAUUCAGGGAAUAACGAUAAUGGAGGUCAAUCUGUCGCCCAAAAAACUGUUCAAGGCCGACUCUGCACUGCAAGAGGUGCAGAGACAUUUAUGACUGCAGUUAAAAAAAAAAUUAAUGUGAGAUGUUGGUUAGGGAGUCCAUCGAGUGAUAUCAGGAACUCAGAAAAUGGGGUCUAUGUUUAAUGAGUAGGGGGUGCCUAAAAAUUUAAUAAAAAAACUUUGGAUAAUAGUCGAAAAAAACGUUCCAGUCAAAGUUCAUGUAGGUCUGUUUUCAACUGUUUAUUGCAUCUUCAAUGUAAGAGUACAUGUGCAAUCGACUUUCAUUGAUUUGACUGUGUUUAAACGGCGGCAGAAGCUGUGGCUUAGGCAGAGAAGUUGUGAAAUCCGCGCGUAGAACAUCAGGUAUAAGAGAGGUCGUAGGAAGAAGUACGGUGCCGGCUUUCCAAAGGCCGAUGGCAGAGAUUGAGCCUUUCGCUGCAUGCAGCUUCCAAUAUUAUCUACCCCGGAGGGAUGAAAGGCUUGGUCGACCUCGGGGGGACUCGAACCUACGACCUUGCGGACGUUAGAAAUGAGUUAUGCCAGCUGAGCUAUGCCGCCCCGAUGUAGUUCAUGAAGGAGUAAAUUUUUAUUUUUCGCUUGUAUUGCAUCAAUUUUUAAAUUUUUUCUAUAGUCCGUUUUUCGCGAAUUGAAAAGACGGGACGUCUCUGCGCCCUCCUUAUCUCUCGACGCCUCUCUCAUGUUUACGUUCUAUUUCCAUGUUUCUCUGACCUCGCCGGGGAGGGAACAGAGAGACGCAGACACGCUAAAACUGUCAAGUCAUGGCUUAUCCUGAUCAUUUUUCUUCUUCGCGCUCAGUUUUAACCUUUGCUAAAAUCCAGAUGGACGACCUUCGAGUGCAGUACGUCAUUCCGCACUACUCGUUGGCGACCGUUUUCAUCUCAAAGCCCGGAAAUCUUUCCGAUGAGAAGCGAGUCGCACUCCUCGACAACAUGGUUUCGGAAAUGGAAAGUCUGAGUGGCAGUUGGGGAGCUCCCAGCACCAACUAUUUCCUCAGGUUAGUUUUUUUUUCUUCUCAGCGUCCUGAAUGUCAAAAGUGUUCCAGAGACUUCAAAGACUUUGACGACAGCAUGAAGGAGUUCGAGGGGAAAACCGAGUCGACGGGAGCUGUCUCGAUGGACAACAUGCCUGCGUUUCUGCAAUGGCCAGAGUACUCGUUUUGGAAAGGCUUCGUUCGGUAUCACGAGACCGGGUAACUGUAACUGGCACGAGAAAUGAAAGACGAAAAUUAAGAGGGAAGAUUAUUCUUGACAAGUUCUUCAUCACUUUCGCUUUCCAUGGAGAGCAGCUACGUGUGUGGCUGGCUCGCGGAGAAAUGCUCAAGUCUUGGAGGAACGUCAUCGACAAAUAUAGGUAACAUUGCACCUGAUAAUUAGUUAUCUUGAGUUUGACACUUUUUAUUAAUUUUUUUAUCUUUGAGAAUUUUUUUUCUUGAUGAUGAUAAACAAGCUUUCGAAUGAACCCCAUAUAUUAUCAUUGCGAGGAAAAUCAUGUAAUUUUCGCUUGUCAAAAGUUUUCUUUUAAAACUCCACUGCGUUUUUUUUUUUUGACGACGCCCCGCCCAUAUUUUUUUCCGUAAAGUCUAGUGUGUCGUGUGCAUGCACUGCGGCGCUCUGGCACAUGUCGCGUUCUAGUAAUUUUCGCGAAAUUCAAAAAUGAAAAUGUUUCAGCUAUGUUAUAAAUGAGCAAAUAUUUACUCUUUUUCUAUUGUUAGCUUCACAAAUUUUUUUGCCCAUCUAAAAAUUAGAAAAACUUCGGCAGUAUGCAAAUAUUCGCCAGCGGUAAAUGCACAAGAAACAUCUUAUUUGACGAGUUUUUUGUAGCUCUGGAAGCACCGUGUUUAUCGAAGAUAACAAAAGCUUCGAGAGAACGGCAAUAACUGUAAUAAAAACUUUCAAGCCGAAAUUUUCCAAUAAAUAAUCAACUUCUUGUGAAUUCAGAACCGAGUUCAAUGCUUCCGCCUACUCGGACGACGGAAUUUACUUGGAUCUCAUUGAUAACAUGCCUACUGACUCUUGGCAGGUCGGAAAACACUUCUGAAAGCUUUAAUGGUUCUUCUUCGAGACCAAAAUGAACGACUUCAAGCGAAAAUUUUCAGAGAAAUAUAUUUAUUUUGAGAAAAAUUUAGAAAAGAUUUGAAUUUGGAACGAGUAAUAAAUAAAUAAACGUUUUUCGAAAGCCGGUUUCAGUCGGCUGCUGCGACGUUGGCAUGCAUGGCGUUGAUCUGCUUCGUCUUUAUGUUUGACCUCUUCACGGUGUUCGUCGCCACUGGGAUCAUCGCCAGCAUCAUGACCGGUUCGUCCUGAGUUUCUCUUGAAAACGAGAGCUCAUUGCAGGAAUCCUUGGGAUGUUGUCGUUGACGGGCACAGAUCUGGACCCUAUCGUUAUGUCGGCGCUGAUAAUCUCUAUCGGGUUCUCCGUCGACAUCCCUGCUCACGUCGCCUACCACUAUCACAGCGCCGGUUGGUCACCAGUGCAAAAAGCAAUGAAACAAAGUUGAAAGCUUUUAGGGAGUGGAAAUCCGGAAAAAGAUAAAUUUUCAUAAUUAGAGUUGUGCUCUGGGCCGGGGCUGGCCAAAAUUCGCCAUUUUUCGUACCUUUUGUCACAAAAUUUUCACAGAAUGUGUAAAUGGGGGAUCGGAAAUGCAUGAUUUAGAAAAAAAUUAUGGAAUGAGAUGAAAAAUUUCGCAAUUGCGACUCAUUGGUCCGACUCGGCCCAGCGCACAGCUCUGCUCAUAAUGGAGAAAUUGAUGGACAAAAAAAAAUGAAUUUUGAGAAAAAAAAAACACAUUGAAACUUUAGAAAUCGUGGUGGGAGUCGCAAAGACAAUGUUUAUAAAUUGAAAAAUGUAUUACUUGUGCUCCUCAUUCAGGAAGGGACCUAGCUCCUAGUGGGCGUCUUCACCAGACACUGUCUUCAGUCGGCUUUCCGGCCAUUCAAGCCUCUAUUUCCACUUCCUUAUGUGUCCUCUCGCUCAAACUCACCGACGUCUACAUGUCAAACGUGGGUUUUUAUUGUCACAUCACAGCUUAGAGAAGUUCUGCUACAUUUGUUGAUUCCAGGUUUUCGUAAAGACGAUGAUCAUCUGUAUGGGACUCUGUGUGGUGCACGCUCUUCUUCUGUUGCCAUGCCUUGUCUCUCUCUGCCAUACUUUAUUCCUGAAAUUAGGCCGAUCUCGAAGCUCUUGA